CAACCGCUCCCAUGAAUUCCAUAAAUGCAUUCCAACAACACUUGUCUAUAAGAAUUCUCAAAUCUCAUCUCACACAAAAAUCAACCACAUUCAAAAAUUAAUAUUAUUUUUCAAAAAAAAAAUGGCAAGUGAAAUUGUCAAGAAACAAGAAUCACUUAAUCUCAAAAUCACUAGCAAAAGCUAUGUGAAACCUGAGGAAAAUAUUGGGGGAAAAAAGUGUCAAUUGGUCACAUUUGACCUACCUUACUUAGCUUUUUACUAUAACCAAAAAUUACUUUUUUACAAAGGUGAUGACUUUGAAGGAAUGGUUAAAAAACUCAAAGAUGGGCUUAGUGUAGUUUUGAAAGAGUUUCAUCAACUAGCUGGUAAAUUAGGAAAAGAUGAAGAGGGUGUUUUUAUUGUUGAAUAUAAUGAUGAAAUGCUUGGUGUUGAGGUUAUUGAAAGUGUUGCUGAUAAAAUUGGUGUUGAAGAUCUCACUAUUGAUGAAAGUAGUUCCAUUUUGAAGGAAUUGAUUCCUUAUAGUGGCAUCUUGAAUUUGGAAGGCAUGCAUAGACCCUUGUUGGCAAUUCAGUUAACAAAGCUCAAAGAUGGGCUUGCAAUGGGCUUGGCUUUUAACCAUGCUGUCUUAGAUGGAACUUCCACAUGGCACUUCAUGACUACAUGGGCCGAGAUUUGCAGCGGUGCACCCACCACAACAGCCCAACCAUUCUUAGAACGGACAAAAGCCCGAAACACACGUGUGAAGCUCGACCUCUCUGUUCCUGAGCCCGAAGGCCCACCACCAUCAGCCAACGGUGGGGCAAAGUCCGAACCAAAAUUAAGGGAAAAAAUCUUCAAAUUUUCUGAAUCAGCAAUCGACAAGAUCAAGUCAACAACCAACAAAACCCCUCCAUCAAACGAUUCAAAACCAUUCUCAACAUUUCAAUCUCUAUCCGCUCAUAUUUGGCGUCACGUGAGCCUUGCACGUGACCUAAAGCCCGAUGACUACACAGUGUUCACUGUAUUCAUAGAUUGUAGAAAACGAGUGGACCCACCAAUGCCAGAGGCCUACUUUGGAAACCUAAUUCACGCUAUAUUCACUGUCACAGCUGUUGGGCUUUUGUCGGCCCACCCACCAGAAUUCAGCGCUUCUUUAAUCCAAAACGCAAUUUUAGCCCAUGAUGCUAAAGCUAUUGAUGAAAGAAACAAAGAGUGGGAGAAUGCACCAAAGAUUUUUCAAUUCAAAGAUGCAGGGAUGAAUUGUGUGGCAGUGGGAAGUUCACCUAGGUUUAAAGUUUAUGACAUUGAUUUUGGAUGGGGAAAGCCAGAAAUUGUGAGGAGUGGGACUAAUAAUAAAUUUGAUGGGAUGAUUUAUUUGUAUCCAGGAAAAAGUGGAGGAAGGAGCAUUGAUGUGGAACUAACAUUGAACCCUGAGGCUAUGGGAAGGUUGGAGCAAGAUAAGGAGUUUCUUAUGGAGAUAUAGUUUCAAACUUUAUUAGAGUUUGUGGAAUAAAGAACAAGGAAUUUGGAAGAAUAUGGUUGAAGGGAUUUAUCCUUUUAGCUUCAUUAUUCUUCAAUAAAAAUUUUAUGUUGUUGUUUAGGUAUAUUUAAUCUAAUGUGUGUGUUGCUUUAUAUAUAGUAUAUUGCAUUUGGUGGUUUUAUGCUAUGAUUGAGUUUGUUUGAACUUAGUAAAUGUUGUUUGGAAAGUGUAUGUGAUCCACAAUUUCAUAGUUGCUCUUAAAAACAGAGUGGUUCAUGUUAAGAAUAUAUUUGAUUCUCUUACGUAUUA